CAAAAUCGCCUACAUCAUUAGGCGUUAACUGGAUAUUUUUUAGAUGCGUGUGCGACAAGUCGUCUUGCAACUGACGCCACUUGGCUAGUCAAUUUCCAUGUACGGCAUGGGUGUAGGAGGAAGUCAGGAACAUGUGUCGACCAUCACAGAUUCAUGUCCCUGUGAACAAAACUUGGAGGGUUGGCCUUUCUGCUUCCAGAAACGGGUGGUCAUACAGCUGGGUGAAAUAGACAAGGCGUUUCUAAGAGUUGGAGACCAUUACUUCUGUCUUCGUGGAGGAAAGACAAGCGAGCUAGAGGGAGAACGUGACUGUUCCCUCCUGCUUACCUGUGUGUACAGGGAUUAUGCUGGUGUUAAGGAACGGGUAAUCAAUGAGAAAUACUUCGAUAAACUUUUCACAAUGGACUGGUUACAAGAUGUCUCUGGUACGUCAACUUCAUCGAUAGGACUACUCUCGAACCCUGAGUCUGACGAGUAUUUGCCCACCCUUCUGCAGCACCUCCUGGUGACCGUUGAGAGAGGCAUUGAACGAAUUGAAUGUGAAACUGUGCGGAAACCCUGGACUUGUAACCACGUGCGUUCUGAACCAUCAACCCGUUGUCAUAAUGCUUCAGUGGACACAAAAGAAAUUUCAGUCCAGACUAGUCUCUUAAAUUCUUCAGUGGUCGUUACAGACCAGAACUCUAAUACUGUUCAGGGAGAUGGAAUGGACACCGAGUGUCAACCGGUUUUAUCCUCCGAUGCUAAUGGAAAUCAUUCCAAUAAUUUUCAAUGUGUUGACAGCCAGGGAAAUUGUUCAAAUAAUUAUGAUAGGUGUUUUAUAGAACUUCCAGGAAGUUUAGGGAAUCAGAAUAAUUAUCUAGAUCUUCCCCAAAAUGACAAAGUUUCAGGUUGUAGUUCAGACAUAUCUGAAUAUGCUGAUAACCAAAAUAAACUUUCAGAUCUUUCUGAGACUGUUGUAAAAGAAAAGUGUUGUCUUGAUUCUACACAAACCGUUGACAACCAAGACACUCCUUCAGAUAUUUUACAAAAUAUCCAAGAUGAAAGAGAACUUUUAGAUCUCUUUGAGACUGUAGUAUUCACUGAAGUAGACAAGGAGUCUUCAUCUGCGAUAAAGUCAUCUUCAGUUUCAGACGACUCUCCCGUAGUCACUUCCCUGCCGUCGCCAAAUAAAGAGCCAACAGAACGACAUCCAGCAAACGCUUUUAAAGAGGAGGACCCCGACGAUGGCUAUCAUGACAACACACUUUCUAAGCCACAUUGUAUCAGCCAGGUGGAUCCCGACCUACUGCAUUCUGAAAUAGCCUGUUUGCCAGGUGAGUAAAUGAUAGCGACCUCAGGCGGGAAAUGAUGUAUGAUUUA